CUGUGAAGCAAUAAGUGUAGGAAAAGUUCGCAGCGUAGCAGUGCACACAAAGGACGGAGGCAUCUUUCUGGGAAGCACUGUUUAUGUAUCCGGGAAUGUGCGUGAAUUCAUCCAGAUUCACCGCCCACGCGCGCGUGGAAGAGACUGACUGGAGCAGAUCGGUUCCUCCACACACCAAAAGUUACUGAAACUUCACAGAACACUUAAACCCGUUCAACCGGGCGUCGGGCGUCACGGUCCUUUUCCCAUCAGUCCUUGGUUAUUAUUGUAUGCACAGUUUUUAGCCAUGCGUGUGGAGCUGAGCUUAUUGUGUGUGGUGUUAAUGUGCGUUUUCAAACAGACAAGCUCCUGUUUAAUGAUCAGCGAGGUCAACUGUGACAAUCCCAAACUUGACACUCAGGAAUUUGUGGAGCUGUACUAUGAAGGUACGAAUCCUACAUCUCUUGAUGGAUACAGACUUGUGUUCUAUAAUGGCAAAGUAGACACCGCCUACCGGGUCAUUGAUCUGAGUGGACACCACACGGAUCAGCGAGGUUUUUUCGUGGUUGGCUCUUCCGAACUGAAUCCCCGUCCCGCCAUCUCUCUUCCACCCAACUCCGUUCAGAACGGGCCCGACGCCAUCGCGCUGUACGGCUCAAACUGGGCACCAGUUGUCGAAGGGGGACCUGUAUCAGCAGUGGGGUUGCUGGACGCCGUUGUGUACACUUCACGUAAAUCUGUAGAUGGCGCAGACGGCCUCGCAUCUGUUCUGACUCCCGGGUCGGUCCCGUACGUGGAGGAUGAGGCGGCUCUUGAGGGGGACGAGUCCAUUCAGCGCUGCUGGCAGUCAGAAAACCUGUGGACGUUCUACACUGGCCCACCGACCCCUGCGUGGGUCAAUCACUGCCCGCCACCGACCCCUGCAGGGGUUUGGAUCAAUGAAGUCGACCUAAGUGGGCCGGACCAACGGGGCAAUGUGGAACUCAGUGUUGGGAUGGCGACCGGAACAUAUUCUUUGGUGCUUUAUGAUGUUACUACGGAUCUGAUUAGCACGAGUGUGGAGUUCAUUGCAAAAGAGCCUGGAAUAUUCGCUGUACCUGUGAACACUGUGACUUUGUCAGUGCAACUAAGUGCAGCAUUGGCGUUGUAUAAAGGCCUGGCAUCAGACUUCCCUAAGGACGGCCCCCUCAGCCACGAACAGCCAAUCGAUGCCUUUGUUUACGGUGACUCUGUGCACAUGCCAAGUGACAACCUAACAGAGACACUCAUACCCGGGAGGAAAUCCUUCAUCCUCACACACAGUCUUCUCACAGCAGGUCUUCAUGCCAGCCGCUGUGGUGUUGCUGAAUGGACGAGAGAUCCAGGACUGUUUGUAGCAAGGCCCCAGAGUCCCGGAAAACCCAAUGACUGCGUUUGGUUUCAGUCCUGCCCGCUUAACAUGACCUCUUUCACAGAGUCAGGACGGAUCCAGCCCCCGAUUCAUAGAGAUGUUGAUUUCCUGCUUAAUGAGAUCAACACUGACUCGCCAGGAGCAGCCGAGGACGAGGAGUUCAUAGAGUUGUGGCAUCCGUCUGGCUUCCGUAUGUCGCUGGAUUUCAUCUGGCUGGUGAUGAUCAAUGGACAGACUGGAAUAGUGUACUAUGAGUUGGAGCUAAACGGAUAUUACACAGAUGAUGAGGGAUACUUCCUGAUUGGUAGUUCAAAGGUCGGCCCUGACAUUAGAAUCCCAUCGAACACUAUUCAGAACGGACCGGACGCCAUAGUGCUAUAUCGCAGCAAGUCUCCACCCUCUGAAGAGGGUCCGAAUAUCCCCAGAAAGGGUUGGCUGGAUGCAGUGGUUUAUCGCUCUCGUGGGUCUGAUAAAAAGGUUUCCGCGUUAACGGAAGUGCUGACUCCAGGACAGCUUCCUCUGCUGGAGGACAUAAACGCGUUACCCGUCGACGAGACCCUCAGUCGCUGUGGAACUGAAAGACUCAACCUCAACGCUUUCAGGGUCACUUCUCCCACACCAAGGAAGAAGAAUAACUGUCCCCCAAAACCCACUCUACCCUCGCCUCCUGAGGGUCUCAUCAUCAAUGAAUGGGGCGAGAUGUCCGGGGUAAACCAAUCACAGAAGAGUAUAUUUAUGGAGCUGACUGGCCCGCCGUCGACUCCACUGAAUGGACUUGUUUUGGUGUUUUUUGGGGAAGAUGCUACAGAAUUGAGCGUCCCGAUCACUGGAAGAACAGGAAGUGACGGGUUUUUUCUGAUCUCCAACGAUUCUCGCGCAGAUCAGGGUUUGCCAGCUCUGGGUCAUUUGGGUGCAAUGCUGUUGUGUUUUGAGCCGUCAGGAUCAGGAUUGUGUGGAAUCGAUUCGCUUCAUUUGGACUGGCUAGUUAUUUCCAAUGACCCGAAGUUAAAGAGAGUUCUCCAGCACAACAUGACGCGCUCCGUGUACAAACUCUUCAGGUUUGUUGGGGAGCUUUUUGAAUGUGAAUCCAGUGUGUUGUUGCUGGUGUCAGCAGUUUUGUACACCAUGCAUGUAACUGUCUUGUGUUUUUCUGUGAUUAGUGGGGAUUCUAUAUCUCGAUGUGCAUCAGAUGGGCCUGUUCUCUGGAUCUCAUCCCCACCGACUCCACGAAUGCCGAACCACUGCCCGAACCCCGCCUUUUCCAGCUCCGCGGAUCUAUGUCUGCAGCCGGAAAACAAUAACUGGCAGAGCGGAUCAGGAAAUUGCACCCAGGAGGAGUUUGCUGUUUUAUUAGAGCAGUUGUGUAACUGUGGGAUCUCAAGCUUGCAUGUUAAAGGUGUGAAAGUGUCCUGCGAGGCGGGUCGGUUGUACACGCAGGGGUCUGUUCUUGCUGUUUCUGACCAACAGAGGGAGCGAAUCACUGAGAUACUGAACCACAACAAGCUCUCAUGUCCAGCUGAACACGGCCAACAGGUUCAUGGAGCGGGGUCAUCGGUCGCGCUGCAGGUCGGGCUUGUGUUCGCAGCGCUCCUGCUGUUUGCACUGGGUGCUGCACUGUUUGUCUAUUUGUACAAAAAAAGGCGUCCUGCUGACUACCUCUCCAUGCAGCUGAGCGAACAGGCCGAGACGCCGCUCGAAAUCUAGUGUGUUUGUAUGAGCGUGCAUGUGAGUGUGGAUGAAUUUCACUUGUUAGUUUAUUAUAAAUCUGAAUGUGUUUUUACUUUAGAUGAAUGCAGGCUCACAGUUUUAUCAAAAACCUCUUUAAUUAUACAAUGUUGAUAGUCCGAAGAUUUUAUUUUAUGUUUCAUUUUUUUAGUGUGUAUCAAAUUUUCCAAAAAACAUUUUUUUUAUUGAAUUCAAGUGUAUUUUUGAUUCAUAAUGUGUCUUUUUAUGUACAUACCCAUCAAUGAGCAGUAAAGACUGUAUAAACACAAUAAUAGAAAUCAGCGAAUAUUACAAAUGCGUCACAUGUAUCACAUCAUGUCACUCAAGGUACAAAUUGUUGUUGAUUUUGAUAAUUUAAAAUCAUAAUUUUCCAAAAUAACGAUUCAUUUCACAAUAAAGUUCAAGAGAUUUUAAAUCUUCGCAUAGCAGCUUCAUCAGCUGUGCAGAAUCUUUCCUCCUUCAUGAGUCUUUCUGCAGGUGUUGUGUUUACAGAUUUUCUUUUAUGCGUCUGCACAGUAUUAUCAGUUGUUCUCAGGGUCAUCACAUCAGUGUUUGUCUGCAGUAAAGAGCUUUUCUGUGUGUAAAACUAGUGUGCCAUUACGGUAAUACAGAGCAAAACACAUUACUUAAAGUUCACUGUUCGUGCAAUUCAUUUCCAUUCUCAGUUGGUAAUUGAUCUUAACAGCCUGUUAAUUAGAUAUUAGAGUGUUCUGUCACUUAAUUGUCAUCCUAGGAUUGCUCUUGACUCUGAAUUUUAAGGACCAGUCAGACAGUCCUCUUGGCUUUUUAAAUAUGUAGAGCAGGAAAUACCCUCACAGAAAAUAAAGGGUCGAUAAGA